GGAGUUUUGUCCCUCCGCGGACCCCGUUUCCCCGGGCCUCAGCCCUCCGCCGCCACCGAGCCGGUUCGCUCCUUCCGGCGCUCCGGCUGCGAGUGGCAGGUCCGGCAGCUGAGGCCGCGAGCCCCCGCGUAAUUCCGGUGCUCCCCCCCGAGAACCCCGAAACUACCGUCCCCCAGCCGGGCGCCGUGGCCACCAUGAACAACGCCGGACUGAACCCGGAGAAGGUGGCUGCUCUGAUUCAGAAACUGAACUCGGACCCUCAGUUCGUACUUGCCCAGAAUGUGGGGACCACCCACGACUUGCUGGACAUCUGCCUGAAGAGGGCCACGGUGCAGGGUGCCCAGCAUGUGUUCCAGCACGCUGUGACUCAGGAAGGCAAGCCGGUCACCAACCAGAAGAGCUCAGGGCGAUGCUGGAUCUUUUCUUGUCUGAAUGUUAUGAGACUUCCAUUCAUGAAAAAAUUAAAUAUUGAAGAAUUUGAGUUUAGUCAAUCUUACCUCUUUUUCUGGGACAAGGUUGAACGUUGUUAUUUCUUCUUAAAUGCUUUUGUGGACACAGCCCAGAAAAAGGAGCCUGAGGAUGGUAGGCUGGUGCAGUAUUUGCUUAUGAAUCCCGCAAAUGAUGGCGGACAGUGGGAUAUGCUUGUCAAUAUUGUUGAAAAAUAUGGUGUUGUCCCUAAGAAGUGCUUCCCUGAAUCUUACACAACAGAGGCAACCAGAAGGAUGAAUGAUAUUCUGAAUCACAAGAUGAGAGAAUUCUGUAUACGACUACGGAACCUGGUACAUAGUGGAGCGACCAAAGGAGAAAUCUCAGCCACACAAGAUGUCAUGAUGGAGGAGAUAUUCCGAGUGGUGUGCAUUUGUUUGGGUAAUCCACCAGAGACAUUCACCUGGGAGUAUCGAGACAAAGAUAAAAAUUAUCAGAGGAUUGGUCCCAUAACACCAUUGGAGUUUUACAGGGAACAUGUCAAGCCACUCUUCAAUAUGGAAAAUAAGAUUUGUUUAGUGAAUGACCCUCGGCCGCAGCACAAGUACAACAGAGUUUACACAGUGGACUACUUAAGCAAUAUGGUUGGCGGGAGAAAAACUCUCUAUAACAACCAGCCCAUUGACUUCUUGAAAAAGAUGGUUGCUGCCUCCAUCAAAGAUGGAGAGGCUGUGUGGUUUGGCUGUGAUGUUGGAAAACACUUCAGUGGCAAGCUGGGCCUCAGUGACAUGAAUGUCUAUGAUCAUGAGUUAGUGUUUGGUGUCUCCUUGAAGAACAUGAAUAAAGCUGAGAGGCUGACUUUUGGUGAGUCACUUAUGACCCACGCCAUGACCUUCACCGCUGUCUCAGAGAAGGAUGAUCAGGAUGGUGCAUUUGUGAAAUGGAGAGUGGAGAAUUCAUGGGGUGAAGAUCAUGGCCACAAAGGUUACCUGUGCAUGACAGAUGAGUGGUUCUCUGAAUAUGUCUACGAAGUGGUGGUGGACAGGAAGCAUGUCCCUGAAGAGGUGCUAGCCGUGUUAGAGCAGGAGCCCAUUGUCCUGCCAGCCUGGGACCCCAUGGGGGCUUUGGCCAAGUGAUGCUGCCUCCAGCACUCUCUUCCUCCUUUGGGACCUGAAGUAGCUGCAAAAGACAGAUCCAAGGACUGAAGCCAAAGUUACACAGGUU